CAGACCAUUCCGGAACCUCAAAAAAGCAUCCUAUAUAUUAGUCUCCAUCAGCCAGUCUUUUUUGAUAUCACUGAUAGUCUUGCGUGCGAGUCUCGGUGCUAUAUAGACCAAAUCUUGGUUCUUACGAAUUACGACUCUUGACGACUCUAACGAACGUUCAUGGCGUCCCUACCUACUUCGUUCUCAGUGGGCUCUGCACACAGUGGCUCUAGUUUCAAGGAUGCUGUUGCUUCUUAUCGCCGUUCGCAGUAUCUGUUGUCGAACGCCGAGGCAAUCUCCUCCUCCGGUGCUCAGCUUUUGGAGGACGAGGAGACGGGCGAAUUUGCACCAAUUUUUGAAAGUGAGGUGGAUGAUCUACCUACACCGCAUCUAGAAGAUGUUGCACACGAUGGGAUGAUUGGCAACGUUCAGUGGGAUGAAGAGGCGACGAUGACUCUGAAUCCGUCUAUGAGGCAGGUUUCGGGUUGGGAUAGAGGUAUAUCUACACCACCUCGCAGACACGAAUUUCCAGGACCAAGACGAGCCAACGAGCGGACCCCGCUCCUUCGCAAGGCCAUUUCACUGACAAUAAAUACGUCCAUAUUAACCUCCGCCGCUCCGACAAAGGGUAGGGGCCAUCAGGAAUCCUUGUCAUCUGCGCCAGCGCUGGCUCCCAAAAUCUCACACGAUCUUGGACUUCCUGAAGGAAGGAGUACGUUUGGUCAAACACUCUUCAACGCGAUUGCCAUCUUACUCGGAAUUGGGAUGUUGUCGGAGCCCCUUGCUUUUGCAUAUGCUGGAUGGAUCUGCGGGACGCUGCUCAUCAUCUCUUAUGGUCUCGUUACGUGCUAUACAGCAAAAAUCCUUGCACGAAUUGUGCUCACGGACCAUCGCGUUCGGUCAUAUUCUGAUAUUGGACGAAAGGCAUUUGGGCCAAAGUCUAUGCCUUUCAUAAGCGCAAUGUUUUGCCUCGAGCUUUUUAGUGUUAGUGUCAUCCUCGUUACGCUGUAUGCCGAUUCUUUGAGUAUAGUUGUGCCCGCGUUCUCUCCUAACACCUAUAAACUUAUGGGGAUUGCCGUACUUGUCCCCAUGGUUUUUCUACCCCUCUCCCUUUUGUCAUACACUUCGAUCUUGGGCAUAAUUUGUACAGUAUUUUUACUCGUUGUUAUCUUUAUCGACGGUCUGUCAAAACGAGAUGCUCCCGGAAGUCUGUGGAGCCCUGCGGAGACUGACCUGGGUGUCGGAAACCUUGAGCAAUUGGGUGUUGCUUUCGGUUUGUUCAUGGCAGGGUUUAGUGGCCAUGCUGUUAUGCCAUCGUUAGCCAGGGAUAUGAUUGACCCAAGCCAAUUCGACACUGCAAUGAAUUACGCGUUUACUUUUGCGACCUUCGUAUACGGCAUUAUAGGAAUCGCGGGUUAUUUGAUGUUUGGCCGCGAUGUCAGUGAUGAAGUUAGCCAAAAUCUCCUUGGAGUUCCAGGAUACAAUCCUUGGCUGAACAAGAUUGCCCUAUGGAUGUUGGUCCUUAACCCUCUGUCUAAGUUCGCUCUCAGUGCCAGACCGCUCAACCUCACGAUUGAAACCUUUCUUGGCAUUGACACUGGUUUCAUUCCCCCACACGACGAUAACAGUGGCAGUGGUCCCAGAUUGGCAGCGAAGCCAACCCCACGCCUCUUCAAUUGGGCAUUCAAACGCAUCUUACUCAUCUUCGAACGUGUUAUGCUUGUCUGUCUGGCAAUAACAGUCUCCAUCCUCGUGCCAGAAUUCAGUUCGAUGAUGGCUAUUCUCGGCUCAUUCUCUGCCUUCAUUCUUGCCGUUAUUGGUCCUAUAUCAGCAAAGGUCGCCCUGGAGCGAAAAUGUGGGCUGUGGGAUGGGUUCUUGCUAGCGCUGGCGUCUGUGAUGGCUAUAUGGGGCACAGGUGCUGCUUUCCUGUCCACGACGGAUUGAAGAGCUUCUAGGUUUGGUGGUGGACUAGACGAGAAGGACUCGCACAUUUUUUGAAACUGUGUUAUACAGCAAGUAUUGUGUAUCCAUACCUCAUCACGUGGAAUGAAUAGUCAUUUACACGAUGUCAGCUUCGUGCACUGACCCUUC